AUGACUGCUAUUCAAAAGAUUGCUGUGUUUGGGGCUGCUGGUAACUUUGGCGUGCCCAUCACAGACGCACUCUUGUCGGCGGGAUACCAAGUAACCGCCAUAAGUCGACUAGAGUCUGCGUCCACGUUCCCGCCGGCCGUGUCGGUCAUCAAGUCGGACUAUACCGUUGAUAAUCUUACCAAGGCACUAAAUGGACAAGAUGCUGCCGUCUGCGUGGUCGGACCAGGCGCCAUGUCAUCCCACAUGGCCAUGAUUGAUGCUUCCUUGGCUGCCGGUCUGAAGCGUUUCAUUAUCAAUGAUUUUGGUUGGGGUCCCGAUUUCGAAGGUGAACCCGAGUUUCAAGAAAUCAAGCAACGUCGUCUCGUUGCAUGGGAUCAUGCCAUGAAGCUUGCGUCAAGUAACCCAACCUUUACAUGGACGGGUAUAACAAUCGGGAAUCCAAUAGACUGGGCUCUCCCAAGGUUUGGAUUAAUGGGAUUCAAUCUCAAGCAACACUCGGCGGUGAUUUACGACCAAGGUAGCGAAGAUUUUACAGGGACUACUUUGGAAGGAAUAGGACAGGCUGUCGUGGGAAUCUUUCAGAAUCCAGAAGCCACGGCCAAUCGCUUUGUCAAGGUUCGCUCAAUCCAGACAUGUCAGAAACAGCUUCUCGAGGCAUUCCAAAAAGCCACUGGAAAAGACUGGGAGGUUCGUAACAGCACCACGGCAGAGUUGGCGGAGAGUGGGAGAAGAAAACACAAGGCUGGCACAGCUGGUUGGGUGCUUGAUCUUCUCGUCUUUCAGCUCUUUGAGCCAGGCAAGGGCCGCUGUAUUGUCGCAACGAGCCAGGACUCUGACAAUACUCUUUUGGGCGUUCGAGAGGAGACUCCUCUGGAAGUUGUUUCCAAAGCGCUAAAUUAA